AUGCUCGCCCUGGAGGAGAAGACUCGAAAUGUCGUCCUCCUGAUGCCGCAGCUCAUCCUGGAGGGAAAGGCAGAUGAGCUCGUUAGCAAGUUUGAGGAGGCAUACUUAGAGGUGAAAGCGCGCAAGGAGGUGUACCUCGCUGAAGAAGCCGAGAGCUACUUCCACUACCUGCAGCCGAAGGCCCGGGAGGCCGCAGUGCUAGCCGCCAGCCGUGGGCUCUCCCAGGUGUUGGUGCUGGAGCACCUGGACGGAGACGUGGUAGAGCGUUCUCUUGCCAUGAAGGAGGGAUUGGAGGAGAUGUAUGGCAAAGGAAGUUUCUACAUGAGCUUGGACAAAUGGGAAUGCCAACGAGAUAUCGAGUUUUUCUUUCCACACCUCGAUGCGUUGCCAGUGGAGCGCACGCUUGCAGUCAUUAAGCCCGAUGCCGUCCAGCAGGGCGAAAAGGGCGGGAAGACCGCAGAGCAAGUGGUCGAGGACGAGGCUGCACAGCUAGGGCUGUUCGUGGUCUCGAAGCAGCUGCAUUCGCCGGAUGAAGCACAAGCGAAGCUCAUCUGUCAGGAGUAUGAUGGGAGUGCAGAUCAUACCAAUGCCGUGGCGGCGGUGAUGGCAGAGCCCGGUUGCCUUGUCAUGUGCAUCGAGGGCAGAGGUGCUAUUGGCAAGAUGCAGCUGAUUUGUGGGCCAUCCCACUCUGGAGUGGCCCGUGAGCGUGCUCCAACCACAAUCCGUGCGCUCUGGGGCACGGAUGGCACCAGCAACGCCAUGUAUGCUAGCAUCAACAUGGAAGCAGCAGACAAGGAGAUCAAAGCCUUCUUCCCAGACGGCGCGCUGAAGCUGGAGCGCACACUCUGCAUUGUCAAACCCGACGCUGUUGCGAAUCUGGUGGCUAUCAAGACUGAGAUCGAAGCGGCAGGAUUCACGGUCCUCAAGGAGAAGCAGACGACGCUAAGCGAAGAGCGGGCCAAGGAGUUUUACAGGAGCAGCAAGAGCGACCCCUCCUUUGCAGCCGUGGUUAAGGAAUCCUGCAGCGGGCCUUGCUGUGCCAUGGUGCUUUGCCGCGUCGAAGCCGUGACGGUCCUGAAGCAGCUGAUGGGGAACGCAUCGGUGAAGGAGGCGAAGAAGUCGCACCCAGGCUCCCUGCGCGCCCGCUUCGGCCGGGAUGGACAGCGCAAUGCCGUCCAUGGCAGCGAGUCUUUAAAGGAUGCUGUGCAGGAGAUCCGCUUCUUCUUCCCAGAGAUGGGAGUCGACCCCCUGCCCGACGACAAUGAGGUGAGGGACUUUAUCUUCCGCAAGUCCGCGCGUGCCUCCAUGGACCUACAGACCCUUUCUGAUGCCCAAGCAACUGACUUCGAGCUUGACCCUACCAUGCAGCAGCUGAUCUCCAAUGGCCUUAUCGGCUUGUGCAAGGUGAAGCCACAGGGCCUGGCGGCUGUUAAGUGGUUGGCCAACUGGCUAAGCGAAAACAAUCCAAACAAUCAGGCACCCAAAGCCGCAUUUGAUCCACCAACGCGCACCAGUCAGUAUGUGGAGUCGGGAGUGAAUCAGGACGGCAUGGCCUUCGUCGUCGAGGCACCUGCGCCCGAGCCGCCGUCAAAGCCCAUCGUGGAAGUUACAGAGGAAGAUCUGAAGAAGGAACCAGGGGAGAGCGACUUGAAGACGCCGCCCUUCGUUGUUUUUGUGGCUGGUGGCCCCGGCUGUGGCAAAGGCACUCAGUGCACCAGGAUCAAGGACGAGUUCAACUUGAUCCACCUGAGCACGGGAGACCUCAUGCGCGCAGAGGUAAAGGCUGGAUCAUUCCUUGGUGGUGAGAUCGAGAAGCACAUGUCUGCGGGCACUUUGGUCCCAGACGACAUUGUCUUACAGCUGCUGAAAAAGGCGAUGAUCAAAAACCAAGAUACAAACAGGUUUCUGUUGGACGGUUUCCCUCGUGCCGUUGAACAAGCCCAGCGCUUCGAGCGCGAGAUCGCAGAGGUUUCGUUCAUGCUCUACUUGGAGGCCAGCCAUGAAACGAUGAUGGAUCGCAUCAAAGGCCGAGCUGCCACCAACCCAGGUCGAGUCGACGACAACGACGAGACGGUGCGCAAGCGCCUCGAGGUCUUCGACCAGCAGACUCUUCCCCUGUGCAACUAUUAUGGCCCCAUCGGCAAGCUGCGCAAGGCCAAUGCAGAAAAGGCGCCGGAUGAGGUCUUUGCAGAGGUGAAGCGCUACUUCAGCUGCCGCUUCCUUUACUUGCUGGGCCCUCCAGGGGCACCUGUCGAGCAUAUGGCGGACAAGCUGGAAAAGCAGUACGGUUACUCGGCCAUCAAUCUAACGACACUGCUGAAAAGCUACGCCGACUCCAACGAGGCAGAUGCGCCGGCCGUGAGGAAAGCCAUGCUGGCAGGAAAGCCUGUAGAUGCCUCCAUUGCUUGCCCUCUGAUUCUGUCGGAGAUCUACCGAGACAUGGCCCUAGGAGUGCAAAACUUUGUCUUGUCCGACUUCCCUCAGAGCCUGAAGCAAGCCCAGUUCCUUGAGUACCGUGUCUCCAGCAUCACCAGAACUUUGGUAUUGGACUUUUCGCGUGCAGAUGCCGCCGAUCUCGCUGCGACCAUGAGCAGCAAGGACACCCUUGAGUUGGAGCUUCGGUCCAACUACUUCUUUGGGCCUGAGGCAUCGGAGAUGCUCACGGCUUUGAAGGCAGAGCGCAUCCCGUACAGCUUGAGCGAGAUGCAAACAUGCAGUGUGGUAGAUGGCACCUGGAAGAAGCUGAGCGAGCAAGUCUUGCCAUCCCUAACGGUGGUGUUGGGACUACCAGGAAGCGGCACAGAUGUACUGGCCAAUCUCUUGGCCCAAAGCUCCCCGAAUUUCGAGGCAGUCGAUUGCAACGAGCUCUUGGACAAGGAGCUCGAGCGUCAGACCGAAAUGGGUUUGGCGAUGCAUAACAUGCUUGCGAAGGGCCAGGUCGUCCCAUUAUCGAUGACGCUCGAGCUGCUGAAGGGUGUGGCUAACCUGACUUGCUCCGAGUGCCUCAUCAUCCAGAACUGCCCGCAGUACGUGGACCAAAUUGAGCUUAUCGAGCGAGAUUUCCGUAUCAACAAAGUCUACUACAUCCAGGGUAAUGAGGCCGCCGAGAAGUCAUGGGCUGAUAGCUUUGCCAUGAAGGAGGACAGUGCAACAGCGGCCAAGCGCUUCAGCGAGCUGCAAAGCCGGUUGCCACCGAUCGUGGCUCACUUCAGCCGUCUGGGACUGCUCGAGAAGUUCGAGGUUGCCGAAACUCCCAGCCAAGAGAAACUUCAGAGCCUUAUCGCCAAGUCCAGGAUGCCCCAGUUUGCCGUUGUCAGCAGCCUGUCGCCGGUCCUAGGCGCAAAGAAGGCACAGGAGCUCUGCGAUGCCUACGGUGGUAGCCCCAUCACAUCCAAGAGCCUAGCGGAGUUCGCGGGCAAAGCCGACGCAGAAGCCAGUAGCUCUGAUGAAGUUACCAUGCUGAAGGCCUUCGCGCAGGGACGAGCCGAACCUUUCCUGGUUCUGCAGGACUGCCCCAGUGUCGACUCUCAGGCACAUGCCUUCUUGGAAGCCUUCGGCGCACCACGAGCAGUCAUCUAUCUUGAGUGCGAUGAUGAGUUCCUCGAUGAGGAAUACAGAGGUCUGCACGAGGACGAGGAGAUUGAUGGCGAGCAGCUCGCUGAGAAGAUGGCGCAGCAACGGGCGACCAUGGAAGGCACCAUGAAGGUGUUCAAGGAGCUGUGCCCAGGAAGCUACCUGGAGAUUGACAAAAAGAUGCGGGAGAGCCCCACAGACGUCGCUGCCAUGAUUCAGCAAAAGCUGAUGCCGACAGUUUACGUCAUCCUGUCACCGGGCACGGAGUCAGACUUUGGCAAUCUUGUGGCUGAGACGAUUUGCACCAUGAGCACCGCAGGUGGCUUAGAGGAUGCCCUACCGUCCAAGUACACAAUCUUGGAUGCCAUGGCGAUUUGCAAGAGCAGCGGCCACAGUCCAGCUGUAGAGGAUGCCAUCGCCAAGGCGUCAUUCACAGCAGAAACUCCCGACAGCUUGCCUGUGAAGGUAUGGGCCGAGAUAUGGAAGGAGGCCUUCCUCAAAUCUGCCGACCCCAUGGGCACGUUCCUGUUGACCAACUUCCCCACGGCAAGCUCCGUGAAGUCCAACAGCGUGCGAGACCAGCUCUCUGUCGUCGAGUCCGUUUCAUCGCUGGCAGGCAUUCUGCACGUCAAGCUGGGAGCUGCAGCCUUCGCAUCAUUUUGCAGCACUGACGACGAGAAGCUCGAGGUCUAUUCGGCCUUCGAUGCUCAGGUGCACGAUCAGACCUUGGCACAGUUUGGCCCCGGACGGAUCAUGGAAUGCUUGCUGAAUGAAGCAACAGACAGCUCCACUGCCGCUCAAAAAGUCGCGGCGCAGUUCUUCAGCUCUCAGGCCAAAGGCAACGCGUGA